UACAGCUCGCCCAAACUCCAAACUCUCUCACUCCAACUUUCAAAAGUUCAAAAGCCCUAAACCCCGAAAUUGCUGUCGCCUCUCUUCUCUGGGAGCGACCAAAAUGUUCUCUCCUGGAAUAAGGAGGUCCAAUGUCAGCUCUCGAAACGAGCGGAAUCAGGGGCACACUGUACUUCAUUCUCCCAUCACUCCUCUCUCAGAGAACCGCCGAUCCUUUCUUCAAAAUUCGGUUCCGGAUCGACCCAGCACCGGUACCCCUGCUCCUUGGGCUCCUCGCUUGUCUGUCCUCGCCAGAAUUCCACCAGUGAACAGAAGUGAGACAGGGGAUGAGGCAGAUCCAAUUAAGCCCGUAUAUGUUGGAGAGUUUCCACAAGUGAUCCGUGAUGAACAGGCCAGUUUGCUGCAGAAGCGUGUUCCUGAUGAUGCUUUUAUAUCUGGUGGAAUGGAAAAGGGAACAUCCCUUGCUUGGAUUAUCAUUGGAAACAGACUCUUCAUUUGGAAUUACUUAUCACCUACUGCUUCAAUGAAAUGCGUUGUUCUUGAAAUCCCUUUGAAUGCAUUAGAGAACAGAGAUAUUAACAGUACUGACCGGAACUGUUGGUUGCUUUGUGUUGUCAAUUGGGAAAGCACAUCUAGGAGAACAAAGAAAGUUGCGAAACAUUGCAAUUCUGCUGGCGUUGUUUUGUGUAACCAAAACACUCGAACUAUCAUAUAUUGGCCUGAAGUAUAUUCUGAAGGUAGAACUGCUCCUGUUACUAGUUUUGCAUCUUCUGAGGAGUUAGAGGUGACUUCUUCACAUGAAAAUGGAAAGGCCACCCCAAACAAGCAGCGACAACGUAUUAGAUGCGGAAAUAACUCAACUGGAUGGAGCUCACUGAACUCUUUGAUGGCUUCUGCAUUACCUGGUUCUCAGCACUCCUGCGUUGCCCUUGCAUGCUGUUCGAAUGGUGAGCUUUGGCAGUUUCACUGCAGUCCCACUGGCAUUCACCGUAAGAAAAUAUACGAGGAUAAACUGACUUUACCAUCCCAGGGUAGUGACGGUGGUCAAAUUUUAUGGAGCAAGGGGUAUCCUAGGUCAUUGAUCUGGCGUUUUUCACAUGUUUCUACAGAGGGCUCAAAUAGAGAGUUUUUUCUGCUGACUGAUCGUGAGAUACAGUGCUUUAGCAUUGAUAUGAAACUUGAUAUACGGGUGUCAAAGCUCUGGUCCCAUGAAAUUAUUGGUACAGAUGGUGAUGCGGGGAUCAGGAAGGAUCUGGCUGGUCAGAAGCGAAUAUGGCCUCUUGAUUUGCAGGUGGAUGAUCACGGAAAAGUGAUUACCAUUCUGGUUGCCACCUUCUGUAAGGAUCGGGUCAGUGGUUCAAGCUACACACAGUAUUCUCUUCUGACCAUGCAAUAUAAAUCUGGGGUGAGUAUGGAGCCUGCACAUGAAAGGAUUCUGGAGAAAAAAGCUCCAAUCCAAGUAAUAAUUCCAAAAGCAAGAGUAGAAGAUGAAGAUUUCUUGUUCUCAAUGAGACUUCGAAUAGGAGGCAAGCCUUCAGGAUCAGCAAUCAUACUUUCUGGUGACGGAACGGCAACGGUCGCCCAUUAUUAUCGAAACUCAACUCACCUCUAUCAGUUUGACCUGCCUUAUGAUGCUGGAAAAGUUCUAGAUGCUUCAGUUCUUCUUUCUUCAGAUGAUGGGGAAGAAGGGCCAUGGGUUGUACUAACCGAGAAAGCAGGAAUAUGGGCAAUACCUGAAAAGGCUGUUGUACUUGGUGGAGUUGAACCACCUGAGCGAAGCUUGUCACGUAAGGGGAGCUCAAAUGAAAGAUCUGCUCAAGAAGAGACACGGAACCUUACAUUUUUGGGCAAUAUUGCUCCUAGAAGGGCUAGUUCUGAAGCAUGGGAUGCUGGAGAAAGACAAACGGGGGCUUUUACUGGGGUUGUACGUCGAACUGGCCCAGAUGAAGAGUCAGAAACUUUGCUUAGUCAUCUUUUCCAUGAUUUUCUUUCAUCUGGACAGGUUGAUGGUUCACUGGAAAAGCUAAAAAGCUCUGGGGCAUUUGAAAGGGAUGGAGAAACAAGUGUUUUUGCACGGAUGAGCAAAUCAAUUGUUGACACCUUAGCUAAACACUGGACUACAACCAGAGGUGCUGAGAUUUUGGCCAUGGCUGUUGUAUCUACCCAACUCAUGGAUAAGCAGCAGAAGCAUAAAGCAUUUCUUCAGUUUCUGGCAUUAUCCAAAUGCCAUGAGGAGCUGUGUUCUAGACAGAGAUAUUCAUUGCGAAUUAUCUUGGAACAUGGUGAAAAGCUUGCUGGGAUGAUUCAAUUGAGAGAACUGCAAAAUGUGAUUGGAGAGAAGCGUUCAACUGGAGUUGGCUCCUCCCAUCCAAGUGCAGAACGCCGUGCUCUUUGGGAUCUUAUUCAAUUAGUUGGUGAGAGAGCCCGCCGAAAUACAGUUCUUCUCAUGGACAGAGAUAAUGCUGAGGUGUUCUAUAGUAAGGUUUCCGAUCUUGAAGAAGUAUUUUAUUGCUUAGACAGACAUCUUGAUUAUGUAAUAAGCAUAGAGCAACCGCUUUGGAUUCAGAUCCAAAGAGCUUGUGAGCUCUCAAAUGCUUGUGCCACUAUAGUUCGCGAGGCCAUGCACUACAGAAAUGAGAAUAACUUGUGGUACCCACCACCCGAAGGCUUGACGCCAUGGUAUUGUCAACCUGUGGUACGCAAUGGGAUGUGGAGCAUCGCUUCCUUCAUGCUUCAGCUGUUGAAUGAAACAUCUGGAGUUGAGUUGUCAGUGAAAUCAGAUCUGUAUACCCAUCUAGAAGUACUGACUGAGGUUCUACUUGAGACAUAUGCUGGUGCUGUCACAGCUAAGGUUGAGCGUGGUGAAGAACACAAAGGUCUAUUAGAUGAGUUCUGGAGUAGAAGGGAUACACUCCUGGACUCCCUUUAUCAACAAGUUCAAGAUUUUGUGGAUGGCAGGCAUCAGGAUCUAAAUAGAGGAUUUGAAGAGCAAAAAGAAGAAAUCCGUAGGAAGCUUUCUUUGCACUUGCUAUCCAUUGCAAAACAGCAUGAAUGCUACAGAACUUUGUGGAGAAUAUGCUGUGACCUCAAUGAUGCGGCCCUACUUAGAAAUCUUAUGCACGAGAGCAUGGGACCUAACGGAGGCUUUAGUUACUUCGUCUUUAAAGAACUGUAUGAGAAGAGACAAGUUUCCAAGGUUCUAAGGCUUGGGGAAGAGUUCCCAGAGGAGUUAUCUAUCUUUCUAAGACAGCACCAGGAGCUUCUUUGGCUUCACGAAGUGUUCCUGAAUCAAUUUUCUUCAGCUUCAGAAAUUCUUCAUGUAUUAGCUCUUUCUUGUGAUCAAAAUUCUAUUUCAGCUUCUGAAGAGCAGGCAGACCUUGACAGUAUUGAUUUCAAACCCAAAUUGGUGGACAGAAAGCGCCUUUUGAAUCUCUCAAAGAUAGCUGCAUGGGCAGCCACAGGUAAGGAUGCUGAUUCUGAGACAAAGUUGAAGCGCAUUGAAGCUGAUAGGAAAAUUUUGAAAUUGCAGGAAGAAAUUAUGCUACUCCUUCCUACUGACGAAGAAAAGCAAUAUGUUGAAAGGCAGCUCCUACAUCCAGAAGAUCUUAUUAAGCUGUGCCUUAAAGGUCAAAACGCAAAGCUCUCCUUGUGUGCUUUUGAUGUGUUUGCAUGGACAGGCUCCUCCUUUCGGAAAACCCACAGAAAUCUCAUGGAGGAGUGUUGGAAGAAUGCUGCCGAUCAAGAUGAUUGGAGUCAAAUAUACCAAGCAUCUAUUGCUCAAGGAUGGAGUGAUGAGGAAACCUUACAGAAUCUGAGGGAAACUAUGCUUUUCCUGGCUUCCAGCAGGUGUUAUGGACCCAAUGCAGAAACCUUUGGAGAAGGUUUUGCCGAAGUUAUGUUGUUGAGACGAGAAAAUGUGGAGCCUUUUUCUAGGGAUCCGGGUGCUUCUGUUGAGACCAUACUGAUGCAGCACAAGGAUUUCCCUGAGGCAGGCAAGCUGAUGCUGGCUGCUAUCACUUUGGGGGGUGUACAGGACAAUACCAGACUGGAAGAGGGUCCUUCUCCAAUGGAAUGACGUUGAUAAGGAUGCAUUAUAGCUAGGAAUUGUCAGCUUACUUUGUAAGUUUGUAGCAGAUGUUUUUCUUUACUUUUUUCCCACCUUCACUAGAAAGCAUUACCAUGUAAUUUUGUCUUCCCUGGUGGAACAGUUGUGGCUCUUUGGAGAAGAAAACAUGUACCUGAUUUGAUGUGAUGCUUUCGAGAGUUUGUUGCAUUAUCGAUGAGCCACAGAUCUUAAGGAAUUAUGAAAUUGGCAGCUUUGUGUUUA